AUGUUUGGCUAUAUGAUGUUCAAAGGUCAGAGGGACUCUCACAAGACCCCUGACGAAUUUCAAAGGCGUGCCAGGCAGGAUAUCGAAACCCACCUAAAAAGAUUAAGGAACAAUGACCACAUGCAUCCAGUCGAUGAAAUGGAUAUAGACUCAAUUGAUACAAAGCCAGUAACUAUAAGCCACAGAUCAUCCUCACCGCUUGUGCGACCCUUAAACGACCGCCUGCAGAAUCAACAAAUCAAUUCGGGGAUUAGUCAACAUAAUCUGCAGAAUCAAUACAAUCACCAUAAUCAAGGCAGUCUAGACAAUCAGAAUUUCGAACGACCUAUAAAUGCUUACGCUCCAAAACUAACGUAUGGGUCUUCACCGUUAAGGCAGACUGUAACCUCCAAUUUUGAAUCUUCAGAUGAGUGCUCCUCAAUCGAUUCUGGUAAAUCAGGUUGUAGCCUUACCCAUGAAUCUGCUCAACAACUUUUACAACAACAGCAAGAGUCGUUGGAUCGGAUGCUGUCGAGAACGUCUACUUUAGAGAGCUCUCUGUUUCGAAACGACUUGAACUCAUUAUAUACCUCAAGCACUAAUACUACCAUCAAUACAGAUCAUACAUUCAUAAAUUCUGCUAAUUCAAAUAUAAUACCGUUAAAUAAGGCCCUACCCCAAGAUUUUACUGAUUAUUAUUCACCUGACUUGGAGGCUGAGAAGUUUUCUAACGGUAGACCUACAUUUACUAAACGUCCCCUCAAAAACUGGGAGUUGAAUGAUUUGAGAUCGUUGCUUAUAUAUUCAGAACCAAAACCUGAAUGGAAUAAUAAAAUACCCGAAAUACUAUCACCUUACCCGAAUAUUCAAUUCAGAAUUCAAAUCAUCCCGAAUUAUUGUUCGGAUAACCAAAUUACAGAAUUAUUGGCACAUUCGGAUAUUUAUAAAGAGUCUAAAUUUGAUUUAGAUUAUAAGAUCAAAACUGCCAAAUUUAUUGUUGAAAGAGCUAGACUCAGACAUAAGCAAAUAUUAAUUGAUUCAUUUGGAGUUGAUCCUCUAGCUUUUAAUUCUGAAACUAACUUGGUCAAUGAUAUACGAUACGAUUGUUACUUCAAAUUCGAAUGGAGAAAUAUAAUUGAGAACUAUAUGUUAAAUAUUGGUAUAGAGUACCAAUGCCGCUCAGAAUUCAAAUUGAGGAUUAAUAAAUUGAAAAAACUAACUCAAGAAAAGAAGUUCAAUGGACUAAGUGAUAAAAAUCCAAAGUCAUCUAAAAUGGAUUUGUACAAAAACGUUCUACUUCAAAACAAAUCAACUAUCUCUGAAGAAGAAAAAAUGUCAAUUUGGAAAGAUGUCCAGAAUGAGGUAUAUAGGAAACUCGAUAUGGAUGAUUGGAAUUCCUCCGUACGUUAA